CCUGGGGGAGGGCGACCAGAGAGCAAGUGUGGAAAAUAGGGACACCUCCUGUUCGGGUGGGGAGGGAUAGUUGUCUGUGUAGGACAAAGCCCCUAAUAGCUGUUCACGGGGGGGGGGGGCGAGAGAGAGACAGAUGAGGGUCCCCUUCAGGGUCCCCUUCAGGGACCCCCACCCCGUCUCUCACCCCUGAAGGGGACAGGUGGGGAGAGAGGCAGAGACACAGCCCCAGCUCCGGCGGGCUGACCUGGCUCUGGGGAGGCCCUGGCCCUCCCCUCAGCCACCCCUGAUGCUCUCUCCUCUCCUCUCCUCUCCCCAGCUGCCUUGCGUGCCCGCCAUGGGGCUGAAGCCAUGGCAGAAGGCCCUGUUCCCGCUGCGCUCGGUGGAGGACGUGGUGCGGCUAUUCAUGGCCGAGCUGCAGCAGGAGCAGCCCGAUCUGGUGCUGCUGUCGCUGGUGCUGGGUUUUGUGGAGCAUUUCCUGGCUGUGAACCGCGUCAUACCCACCAACGUGCCGGGCAUCAGCUUCGAGCCAUGCCCGGGACCGGAGCCCGACAGCCUCACCUACUUCCCUGUGGCUGAGCUGUCCAUCGUGGCUGCGCUGUACGCCCGCUUCACCGCCCAGAUCCGUGGCGCUGUUGACCUGUCCCUCUACCCCCGGCCCGAGGGCUUCUCCUCCCGCGAGCUGGUCAAGAAGGUGUCGGAUGUCAUCUGGAACAGCCUCAGCCGCUCCUACUUCAAAGACCGGGCCCACAUCCAGUCCCUCUUCAGCUUCAUCACAGGCACUAAGCUGGACAGCUCAGGGGUGGCCUUUGCUGUGGUGGGGGCCUGCCAGGUGCUGGGGCUGCCGGAUGUACACCUGGCGCUCUCUGAGGACCAUGCCUGGGUGGUGUUUGGUCGGGAUGGUGAGCAGACGGCUGAGGUGACCUGGCACGGCAAAGGCAAUGAGGACCGGCGUGGGCAGACCGUGAAUGCCGGUGUGGCUGAGCGGAGCUGGCUGUACCUGAAGGGCUCAUAUCUGCGCUGUGACCGGCACAUGGAGGUGGCCUUCAUGGUGUGCGCCAUCAACCCCUCCAUUGACCUGCACACUGACAGCCUGGAGCUGCUGCAGCUGCAGCAGCGGCUCCUGUGGGUUCUCUACGACAUGGGGCACCUGGAGAGGUACCCGAUGGCACUGGGCAACCUGGCCGACCUGGAGGAGCUGGAGCCGACACCAGGCAGACCAGACCCCCUCUCCAUCUACCAUAAGGGCAUCAGCUCAGCCAGGAAGUACUACAACAAUGAGCACAUCUACCCCUACAUGUACCUGGCUGGCUACCACUGUCGGAACAAGAAUGUCAAGGAGGCGCUGGAGGCCUGGGCUGACACGGCCACUGUCAUCCAGGACUAUAACUACUGCCGGGAGGAUGAGGAGAUCUAUAAGGAAUUCUUUGAUGUGGCCAACGAUGUGGUUCCCAACCUGCUCAAGGAGGUGGCCAACCUGGCAGAGCCACUGGAGGAGAAAGGUGCUGGGGAGAGAGGAGAGGGGUCCCCGGUGCAGGCUGGGGGCUCGGCCUUGCAGGACCCUGAGUGCUUUGCCCACCUGCUGCGCUUCUAUGAUGGCAUCUGCAAGUGGGAGGAGGGCAGCCCCACGCCUGUGCUGCACGUGGGCUGGGCCACCUUCCUGGUGCAGUCGCUGGGACGCUUUGAUGGGCAGGUGCGCCAGAAGGUGACGAUCGUGGCGCGGGAGGCGGAGGCCAAUGAGGACGAUGAACAGGGCAGCGAGGACCCCUGCGAGGGGCACCGCGCGGACCCCGCAGCGAGUCCAGCCUGAGGAGCCCCCUCUGCCCAGAAGAUCUCCGAGCGUCGGCGCCCCAGCUCAGGCCCGCGGCCAGACAAGCCCUCUGCAGCAGAGAAGGAGGAGGGGGGGCCCCCCGCCCCAGGGAUCCCCCCAGCUGCCCCUCCUGAAGGGCCUGUCCUCACCUUCCAGAGCGAGAAGAUGAAGGGCAUGAAGGAGCUGCUGGUGGCCGCCAAGAUCAACUCAAGCGCCAUCAAGCUGCAGCUCACGGCCCAGUCCCAGGUGCAGAUGAAGAAGCAGAAGGUGUCAGCCCCGAGAGACUAUACCCUGGCCUUCCUCAAGCGCCCCCGCAAGUCCCUCUGAGCCCUGUGGGGGGUGCUGGGGUGCAGUGCUGUCCCCUGCCAAGCUCUGCCAGGCUCAGCUUCAUAGGGCCCUUUAAAUAGGGCAUGGGGAAGUGCCCUGGCCCUGUCGCUCCCAGAUGCAGGGGCUGCCUCACCCCUGCUGUAGCUUUCCUGGACUCCCCAUGGCAUGAUGGAGGGGGCUCUGUGGGUUUGAUGAGCAGGGCAGCGAGGACCCCUGCGAGGGGCACCGCUGCAGACCCCGCCGCGAGUCCAAGCCUGAGGAGCUCCCCCCUCCCCCCCUGCCCAAGAAGGCCUCCGAGCGCCGGCGCCCCAGCUCUAAUAUCCCCCCCCCCAAGAG